AUGUCAUCGUUUCCAUGUUGGUUAACUACAAUUCUUCUUAUUAUAAGCAUCAUAUAUCUGGUUGUUUAUAAAUAUCUCACAAGAAACUUCGGUUAUUGGAAAAACAAAAAUGUUAAAUUCGUAAAACCAAUUCCUUUCUUUGGUAACUUUUAUAAUGUACUAACAUUUAAAACAACCACCCAAGAGCAUAUAAAGAACAUUUGGGAUCAAAUUGAUGCACCGUAUUUUGGAUUAUUCAUCUUGGAUGAACCAGUGUUGGUUUUAAAAUCUCCUAAAUUAAUUAAAGAUGUUUUACUUAAGGAUGCUUCAAUUUUUUGUAAUAGAAGAGUUGCCACUCCUUCUCAUCGAAACAUGAAACAUGGAUUAUUUUUCUUAAAAGACCAGAAUUGGAGAAAAAUGAGAACAACAUUCACACCACUGUUUACUAGCGGUAUGAUUAAACAAUUGCAGCCGCAUCUAACAGAAAUUAAUAAGGUAAUGAUUAAAUAUUUGAAUGAAAAUUGUGGAGUUAUAGAAGUUUCAAAAGUUGGUGGUAAUUUUGCCACGGAAUUUUUAGCUAGAUGUUUCUACGAAGCAAAUCCACACUGUUUUGAUAAUGAAGGGUCAGGUUUUAGUAAAUAUAUAAAUAAAAUGUUUGACUUUAACUUAAGGAAUGGGAUAAUUCAGAAUUUAUAUUUUAUAAAGCCAUCCUGGGUAGCUGCUUUAAAGUUAAAUUUAAUUGGAGAUAGCGCUAUAAGUUUCUUUGAAGGUGUUUUUAAAGAUUCAAUGGCGACGAGGCAAUACUACGAUGGUAAGCCACAGAACUUGGUUGAUGUAGCAAAUAGAGCGGUAUUGGAAGCGAAAAAUAGUAAAGAAGAUACAUUGGAAUUUGAAAUGAUCAUGUCCAAUGCCUUACUGUUCUUAAUAGCUGGACGGGACACAACAAGUACAAUUAUAAAUUUUACCUUGUACGAGCUUGCUAUGAACCAGGAAGUACAAAACACACUAAGGAACCAAAUACAAAUUAAUUUUAAAAAGUAUGGAGAAUUUUCCUAUGAGGCGGUUCAGGAAAACAAAUAUUUAGAAAUGUGUAUUCAAGAAACAAUGAGAAAGUACCCUGCUCUACCUUUCAUGGAUCGAACUCCCAUCAACGAUUAUACAUUUGAAGGUACAGAUCUGACGAUACCACGAAAUAUGUCAGUUCUAAUUCCCCUUUUUGCGCUGCAUAGAGAUGAAAAAGUAUAUUCUAACGCUGAAACAUAUGAUCCCGAAAGAUUUUUAGAUAAGCAAAUUAAUUCAGAUGGACUCAGUUUUAUACCAUUUGGUGAUGGUCCAAAAAAUUGUAUAGCUAAACGGCUGGGAAUGGUAGUACUUUCAAUGGCGCUAUCAAACAUCAUUUUAAACUUCAAAUUUGAAAGAUGCAGCAACACUCCCGAGAAAAUUGAGUUUGAACCAAAAAGUUUUGUAUUGGCAUCAAAAGUGGGACUUCCACUAAAAAUAAUUAAAAUAUAA